UCCAGUUUCAGACAAGGUUUCGGAGGUGCAAGGAGAAACUUGAAAAGGGGAGAGUUUUAUAAAUUACAUCAGGUUCAAUAAUGUAAUUUUUUCGCGCCUUAUAUGUUUAUAGUUGAUGUAUAUUUAUUUGUACGUACCAUAUCGGUAAGUGAACCGCAAAGUGAUUGAUUUAGAGACGAGUUGAUUGGGAGAAGAGUUUUCAGUACGAUAACAAACCAAAAUGGCGUUAGAAAAAGCAAUUAGCGUUGAAGCUGGCCUUCAAAGCAUGACCGUGGAAGUAGAAGAAUCUCAAGAAGAAAAAAAUAUGUCUUUCUGCACCAAAGUGAAGGUUAUCCUUUCCAACAUAACCAUUGAACCCAUCUUGUUUUGCUACGUCCUGCCCAGCGUCAUGGCAAGCGUCACCACGCAAAACUUAACUUUGGAAAAGAGUUGUAGAGUCAACUUACGCCUUGACGAAGGUAUUUGCGAUGCCUUGGCAGCUCGAAACGAGUCUUACCCCAAUUACAAAACCAGUGAAGAAAUGGUACAGAAGUUAUCUGCGAAUAUGAUGAUUUGGAAAAAUAUCAUCCAGAGUCUGUUGCCAGCCUUUCUACUAUUAUUUUUAGGUUCUUGGAGUGAUAGACACAAAAGAAGAAAGCCAUGCAUAUUGAAUCCGAUUUUAGGGGAGGUCGCUAUGACUAUAGGAUUUUUACUGUGUACUUAUUUCUUCUACGAGUUACCAUUAGAGGUCAAUAUAAUGGCCGAAGCCAUACCCCCAGGGCUGACGGGCGGUUGGUUUGCCAUGUUCAUGGGAGUUUUUACUUACAUAAGCGGAGUUACUUCAGAGAAGAAUAGGACUGUACGAAUUGGAGCAGUUAAUAUGUUCCUCAAUGUUAGCGUCUGCAUUGGUAUAUCCCUCAGCGGUAUCCUCUAUGAAAAGAUCGGCUUCUACGGGGUUUAUUCCUUAGCUUUGACUAUGUAUUUUACGGCGUUGAUAUAUGGAACUUUUUUUGUCAAGGAUAUCAGAGAGAUUGAGAUGGAAAUGGGUAUUUAUAAAGCAAAUAAUGAAAAGAAGAAAAAUAUUAUUUUGGACUUCUUCGACUAUAAUCAUGUUAAAAAGACGAUAAUGGUUUGCUUUAAAAAAGGCAAAAAGAAUAGGAGAACUAGGAUAUGUGUUAUUAUGAUUCUGGUGAUGGUUGUCAUUGGACCCAUGCAUGGUGAAAUGAAUGUUGUCUACUUCUUUGUUAGAUAUAGAUAUGGAUGGAAUUCUGUCGACUACAGCUUAUUUUCGACAUUCCAGUUUGUGGCACACACGAUAGGGACGCUAUUUUCUUUGGCCUUUUUCACGAAGUUUUUGAAAAUGGACGAUGCAGUAUUAGGGAUGAUAUCGAGUGGUAGUAAAAUAAUUGGUUGUCUCUUCUACGCUUUUGCCCCAACUCCCUUCUGGUACUAUGUCGGUGCCCUGGCUGAGAUGAUGAACGGAACUUCAUUUAUCGCCAUGAGAGCUAUUGUAUCAAAACUGGUACCAGCAGAGGAAUUGGGCCAAAUAAAUUCGCUCUUUGGUGUAGCAGAGGCCAUCAUUCCGGUAGUUUAUGGUCCACUGUAUAGCAGAAUAUACGCCAAAACGAUAGAAGUUUUCCCUGGCGCCUUCUUCCUAGUUGGAGGAAUAUUGACAGUUCCUGCAAUUUUUAUAUUUAUCUGGUUGUUCUUUGAACACAAGAAAGAUGAAAGAAAUGAUAAACGAGAAAAGGCCCAUGAAGAAAAUUUGUUGAGACAAGAAGGCAGACCUGAUUCUGAAAACGUAUAAAAACCGCGUAAAUAUGCAAAUAACACCACUUCAACUUAAACUAGGUAAUUCAGUUUUAAAAACUGUAACUGGAACGAUUGAAGAGUAUUAUUUUAUUUAUUUAGUUGCUGUAUAUCUUGCCUCAUAGAUGAUAAAGUGUGUUAAAUUGUUUUAAAUUUACACGCUUUUGGGUUUAAUGUAAAUAUAAAUAAAACUAUUUAAAAUC